CAGUACAAGCCGGACCCAAUUUCCACAACCCCGACCGGCGUUUCGUAGGCGACGUCGGCCGCCAUGCUUCUCCGUUCCGCCGUCGCUCCGCCGUCUUGUCACCCUCUUCUCUCCACUUCCCUCUUCUACGGCCCUUCCAGAACCCUAACCCUAACCCGAACAACGCCUCGUCGCUUCCCUUCCCUACUCUCAUCUUCCAUUGCCCCUUCCCAGCCCUUGCCUCUCUUGGCCGUCGCCGCCUCACGCGAGUCCCAUCCACGGAUCAUUACCCUCCCCUUUCCCUUCUCCUCCCCGCUCUUCCAGAUCGCGCCCUUUCUCCGUGUCGAGUGGGAGGCUGUCCUGAAGGGAUGGCUCUGCAGCAUCGUCGCCGUCAGCUGCCUCUGCCGCGCCGUUCCCAAACUCGGCUACCUGCCAUCCCUCCUGGCUGACAUCCGCUCCCCGCUGGUGCUCCGAGAGGGGGCCGUUCUCGCCGCGCUGGCCUGCGCACGCUCCGCCGCUGCCUACCUGCAGCAGGCGUACCUGUUGGAAGCCUCUACGCGGUCCGUGUGGAGGCUCAGGGUUCACGUCUUCGAUCGGGUGCUUCAAAGAGACAUGGCGUUCUUCGAGGGCAAGGAUGCCAUUCUGGCAGGGGAUGUCGCAUAUAGGAUGACCGCCGAGGCGGCCGAUGUUUCCGAUGCUCUGCAUGCCCUCUUGAAUACUACGGUGCCGAACGCUUUGCAAUUGGUGGCAAUGGCUACUCAGAUGGUGGCUGUCAGCCCAUUGCUUUCGCUUUUAACGGCAUUGGCCAUUCCAUGUGUGUUGCUUGCCAUCGCAUAUCUCGGUGAGAUCCUUCGGAAGAUAUCUAAGAAAACAAACUUGUCCUCCGCUAGACUCUCGGCCUACCUAAAUGAGGUACUUCCAUCGAUGCUUGUUGUAAAGGCCAAUGUUGGAGAACCAAAGGAGAGCUUGCGAUUUCAGAGGCUUGCCUAUGAUAAUCUGGUAUAUCAACUGAAGAAGAAGAAAAUGAAAGCACUCAUACCUCAACUUGUGCAAGCCUUAUAUGUAGGAGGGCUGCUAGUUCUUUGUGCUGGUUCGGUGGUAGUCUCCAGGAAUUCCUGUGACUGUUCGAGUUUUCUCUCAUUUGUAACGGCACUGACACUUCUCAUUGAGCCUAUUAAGGGUGUGGGGAAAGCAUACAAUGAACUGAAGCAAGGAGAGCCAGCAAUAGAACGCCUGUUGGAUCUGACAAGGUUCAAACCCAAGGUGACCGAGAAAUCAGAUGCUAUUGAUUUGGGCUAUGUCGAUGGAGACAUAAAGUUCUGUGGUGUUUCAUUUAGAUAUGGAGAUGACAUGCCAUAUAUCCUUGAUGGACUGAAUCUCCACAUAAGACCAGGGGAGCGGGUUGCACUCGUUGGGCCAUCUGGAGGAGGAAAGACAACUCUCAGCAAACUGCUCCUUCGCCUAUAUGAUCCUCAAUGUGGGUCUAUUCUUGUGGACAAUCACAACAUUCAAGAUAUCAAAUUGAGAAGUUUGAGAAAACACAUUGCUAUUGUGUCACAGGAAUCAAUGCUCUUUUCAGGAACAGUGGCUGAAAAUAUUGGCUAUAGGGAUUUAACAGGACAAAUCAACCAGGAGAAUGUUGAAAAUGCUGCUAGGAUUGCUAAUGCUGAUGAAUUCAUUGCAAAACUUGCAAAAGGCUAUGCAACUAAUAUUGGACAAGGCGGCUCUCGUCUUAGUGGAGGUCAAAAACAGAGGAUAGCCAUUGCAAGAGCACUGUAUCAGGAAGCAUCAAUACUAAUUUUGGAUGAAGCAACUUCCGCUUUGGAUAGUAGGUCUGAGCUGCUUGUCAGACAAGCCUUGGAGCAUUUAAUGGCAAAUCACACUGUUUUGAUAAUUGCGCAUCGGCUGGAGACAGUUCAAAUGGCAGAUAGAGUUCUUGUGUUGGAUAGAGGCAAGCUGACAGAGGUCUCAAAGUCAUCUUUCCUUGGACGAGGUAGUCACUGCGACUCGCAUGCAUUGAACGAGCACAUUAUUUGAUGGAGAGAGCUUGAAGGAGAUUGAUUACACGACAUAUUUCAUCGACGGCUGAACCAUCCAAUCUUUGGUGGAUUUAUAUCCUCCACAUUGCUCCAACUUAGGAUAAGUUCUUGAGAUUUACACAUCACUCACGGCAUUUUUUAUCAUUUAUCCAUAUUAUUUAA